GUUUCUUGGACAUGUUUUACUGUGCUAAUUACAUGUAAAAUUUUUGAGGUCUACUUGAAAGUUUUAUUUGAAAUCACUCAUGUGGUUUGAUAUAAUUAGAUAAUGUUUGGAAAUGGGGAAAAUUUAUUGUGAGAAUUGUCGUCGCAAAUGUCGUGGCGACGUACUACGAGUGGCCGAUAAAUAUUUUCAUAAAGACUGCUUUAAAUGCACAAAAUGUAAUAAAAGCCUUGAACAUGGUGGAUUUUUUAUGAAAGAUGGCGGAUUUUACUGUCAAGAUGAUUAUCAACGUUAUUUUGUUGCGAAGUGCAAAAUUUGCUCAGAAGAACUUACUGGCGAAGUUGUUACUGCACUCAACUUUUCAUUUCAUCGGGGAUGCUUUAAAUGUAAUAAAUGCUCUGUGGCAUUCUGUCCUGGUGAUCGUGUUACUGUUUGGCAGGAGAAAUUCUAUUGUCCACGUUGUAUUGAUGAAGUUUGCUUUUCUUCAAGUAUUGGUAGUGAUAUUAAAAAGAGCAGUUUCCAGUCGCCUUUAUCUGUCACAGAUGAUGAAGGAUGUGUCAGUGCUAGUGAUAUGGCAUCUCCACAAUACAUUCACGAACAAGCCUCUGAAUCAAAACAACCACAGAAUAAUUAUUCAUGCAUUCCCUCAACUGGACUUCCUCAAAAAUCAAGAUCUAUUUUACGAAAACCUGCUGUUGUAGAGAAAAACGGUCUUCGUGCCUCCAAGGAAAGGGGAUAUCUGAGCACAGAUUCAGGGUUAGGAGAACGUUUGUGUGAUUCAAACAAUUUAGAUGAAUCGAAAUCAAGGCAUUUUUCUAAUGGUUAUUCUGAUCAGGAGAAAAUUGAUGUUAACAAAGAAAAGUUGAACACUCUAUCCUUUCAUUUGUCUAGACAAAGUUCAUGUGGACGAAUUCCUACCUCUAACUAUGGUCGAUAUUUAAAUCAAUCAUAUAUACAUUUAACUAAUCAAGUUCCUGUACCUAAUAAUGAUAGAUAUAAACGUAAUAUUUCAUCUACAGCGCUAAAUAAUUAUUCACAACCAAGACAAUUUCAUUUACCUGAAGGUGGUAAAAGUCGUUAUCUACCACCUGGUACAAAAUUGCAUACAACAUUAUUUGGUCGUUCUAUGAGUGGUGUCCUACCAUCCUACAAUAUAACAAGUACACCACGUUCAAAUAAUCUCAACACAAAUGCUAAUGCUAAUAAUAACAGUGUAAUUAUUACAUCACGUUCAUUAAAUAAGCCAAUUGCUUCCUCAGCUAUUAAUUUAAGUGAUAAUAAUAAUAAUCAUAAAACACAAAGCGACAAAUCAACCACUACAGGAAUAAUGGUUACACCACAAUCGAAAAAGACAAAAAUUUUAUCUAGUACAACUGUUAAUGGACAGCUCAAAGCGUCAACAACGCCUACAGGAGCUGGUAAUACACGAAAUUCACAUAUAGACGAUAUAAGUUGUUCUGGUCCCAUCUCAUUAAAUGAUCAUGAUAUAACCUUAGAAACACGUAAGCUGGCUUGUUUACCAGCUGGACAAGAAAGAGAUAAAAGUUUGCCAGCACCAAUUGAACGUUAUGAUUGGCCAGCACCACCUGCAUCUGGUGUUGUACUAGCUGAAUUAAUGCGUGAACGACGUCAACGGCGUAAAGAACAAGCACACUAUUCUGGUGAUGGUGAUGAUUUAGAAAGUCAAGAAGCUCUAAGUAUUGAUUAUUCAUUCGAUGGAAUACCAGAGACAACAGUUGAUCAUUCUACAGCGCAUAUUGGUAUUGGACAAGCUAUCAUUCGUGAAGAAGCUGAAAGUAAGCGUAGAUCACGUUCACAAACCUACUUGGAUCCAGUGUCAGCUUCUAGAACUCCGAGUGCAGCUGUUGAACCGUCUUUCAAACCACGUUUUGCUACUCACCAAUUUGCAUCGCCUUCUAGACACAGAUCAACUUCACCAAUACGACGUUAUAAGCAUCCAAUUGGUUAUUCAUUAGAAUUUAUUUAUUUGGGUAACCGAAAUUGGACACUUAAUCGAUCGGACACAUUAUUAAAUCGUGAUGGAAGUCUAACUCAAGGGGCGACAAUGCCAACAGGAAACAGUACUACUUCUCAGUAUACUAGCAACUCACGACUCAAUACACCAGCAACAAUGACGACAACUCCUACACCCAUUGUCAAUACUCGUUCAUCAUCAAUUCGACCUGGUUAUACUGGAGGUCGACUAUCAGGCGGUUAUUUAAAGACAACUAGUCUACCAAUAAAUUCAUCAUUUGGCAGUUGUUUAAGAUCAUCUAGUACAAAUUUAUCAAAUGGUCAUUCGAAAACAGUUACACUAAAUGGAAGUAUUCGAUUCGAUGAUAAAUCGAAAUUAUUAAAUGGUGACAGUCUUAGACAUACUGUUCAAAAUUUAUCGGAAUCUGAUAAUCGAACUGCUACGGUGGAAUCGAUAAGAAUUUAUUCACCAAUUGAUGAUGGUGAUGAUGAUGUCAAUAAUGCCAACAAUAAUAAUACUGCAUCAAUGAAUGGCAUCUCAUCAAAUUUAUCAAAGCUUAACAUUAAACAUAGUACUAUACCUAAUGGUCAUUCACACCAUAACGGAGAUUCAAGAUAUAGUGAUGAUCGUCGAUUAAUUGGAUCAAGUCCAAGUCAUCCAAGUGUUCUAUUAAUGUCUUCAUCACCCAGUGCUGUAUUCCAUCAGAAAGUAUCACCACCUGCGCCUAAAAUUAUAUCAUAUGAAGAAUUGAAAGGAUACAAGGGAGUAUAUCCUAAGGGAAUAGAUAGAACUGCAUUAGAGGCACAUUUAUCAGAUGAAGAAUUUCAUCAAGUAUUCUCACUAUCUCGAACAGUAUUUUAUCGUCUUCCUGAAUGGAAACGUAAUGAUUUAAAGCGUAAAGCACAACUUUUUUAAAUUUUUUUUGUCUUCACUCCUCUACGACACUCUUCAAUCUCCUUUCGAAGGAAAUAAAUUUUUAAGGAGAAGGAAAAGUUCAAUAAAUAACCUUUAGAUUCUAUAUGACAUCAUUUCGAGUUUGAAUCUGCCUCCUCUUCCUACUCAACCUCCUCCGCUUCGAUUCCCCCCCCCAAGCCACCUCUCCCAUCCACCAUUAUGCACAAUCCAACAGGAAAAAGAAAAUAAAAGAACAAACUUAUUUUUUUCGUAAAAACAUGGGAAUAAAGAAGUUCUGUAUUGAGAGAAAAGAAAUGAAUUUUAUUUUACCUAGUUUUCUGUCUUUCUAUUACAUCGUUAUUUUAACAAAUAAUUUUUCGUGAACUUUCGUUUUUAUGUUGUGUUGCCCUGUACUACUUACUCGACUGCAUUACAUUGAUAUCAGUUUUAAAAAUUUGGAGUUAAAGGAAAACGUAACUUGAUCUAUUCAGUAUGCGCUUUGUUUAUAUUUGAAUCGUUUUCCUUUAACUUCCUCACUUUCUGUUUGUUUAUUUAUUUAUUUUUGCUUUUCAACAUUUCUUUCUGUGUGUCUCAUCUUUUGCGUUUUGUUUGUUGGUAUUUUGAAAACAAACAAAAAAAAGCAAAAGAGAGAGAAAAAUACAAACAAAUUUUGAUGGAAAGAAGAUAGAUGUUCCUUUUUUGGUGUUAUCCCGGUUCAUACAAAAACUUACUUUAUUCGUCAUUCAGUAUUGUUGUUAAGCAUAGUAGUAGCGGUGUAGUUAAGGUGUACUUGGCGCAUGAUGCACAUUUUUUCCCGUUAAAUCAACCGCUAUUUUCUGAAAAUCUAUGAAGUAUCAUUUACUUACAUAAAUAAAACAAAAAAUUAUGCUUUUCAAUGGGUGGCUUGAUCAUUUUGGUUGAUCACUGCUGCUUUGAUGUAUCUUUUAUCGCGCUCUUUUUUUGUGUAAAUACUACUUUAUACACUGAGUUUUCAGUCAUUCAUGUUAAAAGUAUCAUUCUUCUAUUUUUGUCUAAAAUGAGGAAGACAUUGAAUUUUGAAUGUGUUUACACUUUUGACCAACCGAGUAAUUCAUGCAAUAAAUAGAGUGAUAUUUUACAAAAGGGUUGUCACAUGAUUUACAAAUGAAUACAUGUCAUGAAAUCGAGUUUUGUUGAUCCAGUCAUUAAUUUAGUAGUGGUUCGUUUAUGGCGAGUGAGAAAGCUGACUAAGUUUUAAAUUGUUCAAUGUUCCAAUAACCUCUGGCUUAUUAUUUUCUUAGCUUCUGUUUUUAGUCCUCACUUGUUUGUUUUAUUUACAAUUUGUCAAGAUUAUUUCACACUGUUUUGACUUGUUUUCAGUUAUCUUUUCGCUUAAUUUUAGUACUUGAGAAUCAUAAGUUUACUGUUAAAUGUUGUGUUUAAAUUUAUUAUUUUUGCGUGGUACUUGGAUUCAAAAUGAACUUCAGGGAAAUUCAAAUUUUUGUUUUAAUGCUAUGAUACACUUACAUGCGUUUAUUCACCGUUUGGUCUUUACGUAUAAAAUCAAUCAUAAUUUACUUAUUUUAUUUCCAUUCUUGUUCACGGAACUGUAUCGUUUACCAGUUCGUAUUUUGGUCAAUGGAGUAGAUUAAUUCGAUAAGUAAGGUUCAGUUAUGCUAAUGUUCUCCGUCAAACCAUAUAUAAAUAUAUAUAUAUAUAUAUAUAUAACGAUAAUAAUAUUGUCUACAACAAACACAGUUUGAUGCAAAGUGAGUAAGAUAGGCAGAUGAACGGGUGGAAUACUCAAGCUCUGAAAGUUGAGAUAUGCUAACCAAUUUUCUUUUUCAUCUAAUUAUACUUAUCUCUUUAUUUAUUCUUAUAAAGUAUGGUUAUCAUUAGAAACAGAUAUUUAUUUGCUCAUCUUUACCAUUUUAAGCUAUUGAACACUGAAACACUUUGAAAUUUAUUUUUCUUAAUGUAGUUAGUUGCAUGUUGUUUUAAUGUGAGAGCGAAAUUUAAAAUUCGUCCUCCUCCUCCUCCUCAUUUUUUGGUACAUCAUACAAUUAUAUGUAUUUGUGUGUUUGAGGCGAAUAUUAUAGAUGUAUAUUUUCAACUUUUGAAAUCUCUAGAAGUCCUUAAUACCUUGAAAACACUUUACAGUGUGUUGUGUUAGUUAGAAAUGAGUGUGAUUAAAAUUUAAAAUGACCGCAUUCAAGCGUACAUUGAAUUGAGUUUAGCGCUUAAAUAACUUUGUUUUUUCUCUAUUUCAUUUGUUUGUUUUCUUUAUAAUAUUCUUGUAUCAUCAUUAUUAUUUCUGUCAUCAGUAUCAUUAUCAUCCUUUCAUUUGAUAAGUUCAAUAAUGUACAUUGUAUAUAUUAUAUAUGAUAAAAGUAUCCUCUAAAAGUUUACACCUUGCG